AUGGCCUCGGAAAAGAGAAGCGAGCGCGGCAUUCGUAUCGCCAUUGAUCGUGGUGGCACUUUCACCGACUGUGUCGGCAACCCCGGCACAGGCAACAUGAAAGACGAUGUCGUUAUCAAACUUCUCUCUGUAGACCCCCAAAAUUACGAUGAUGCCCCUCUGGAAGGCAUUCGCCGUCUCCUUUCUAAGUUCACUGGCAAAGAUAUCCCCCGAGGCGAGCCGUUAGACACGACCAAAAUCGAAAGCAUUAGGAUGGGCACAACCGUAGCAACAAACGCUUUGCUGGAGAGAAAAGGCGAAGAUAUCGCCAUGGUCGUUACCAAAGGCUUCAAGGACUGCCUAGAGAUCGGCAAUCAAAGCAGACCAAACAUCUUUGAUCUGGCAAUAAAGAAGCCCGAGGUCCUCUACAAGACUGUCGUUGAGAUUGAAGAGAGAGUCACUCUGGAAGACUACGCCGAGGACCCUACAAGGAACCACACAGAAGCAAAGGCUAUCGAAGAGGCUGGCGAGAAUGCCGAGCUUGUUACCGGCUUGUCAGGCGAAGCUGUUCGCAUUCUCAGGAGACCCGACCAUGAUCAAAUACGCAAGCAACUGCAGGAUGUAUACAAUUCUGGUCUCAAGAGUAUCGCAGUUUGUCUCAUGCAUGGCUACACUUUCCCGAACCAUGAAGCCUUAGUUGGCAAGAUUGCAAAGGAGAUUGGCUUCGAGCACGUCAGUCUGAGUCACGAGCUGAUGCCCAUGAUCAAGCUUGUCCCUCGCGCUACUUCCGCUUGUGCAGAUGCCUAUCUUACUCCUGCCAUCCGUAAGUACAUCGACGGCUUCCAAAAAGGUUUCGAAGGCGGACUGGGCACUGCCAGUGUCAAGAACGAGGAAGGCGCAAGAGGAGCGCGAUGUGAAUUCAUGCAAUCAGAUGGAGGUUUAGUUGAUGUAGACUCCUUCUCGGGACUGCGCGCUAUUUUGAGCGGACCUGCUGGCGGUGUGGUUGGAUAUGCCUUGACCUCAUACGACCCAAAGACGAAAACGCCCGUCAUUGGCUUUGACAUGGGUGGAACCAGCACUGAUGUAUCAAGAUACGGCGAAGGACGAUAUGAACACGUCUUUGAGACCACGACCGCUGGUGUCACCAUCCAAUCUCCUCAGCUCGAUAUCAACACAGUCGCUGCUGGUGGAGGCUCACGACUGUUCUUUAGGAAUGGUCUAUUCGUUGUCGGACCAGAAUCAGCAAGUGCACACCCUGGGCCUGCAUGUUACAGAAAAGACGGACCACUCACAAUUACCGACGCGAAUUUGUUCCUUGGACGCCUUCUACCUGACUUCUUCCCCAAGAUUUUCGGCAAGAACGAAGACGAAGGAUUGGACCCUGAUGCCAGCAAGAAGCUUUUCGAAGAACUAACAAAGAAGAUCAACCAAGAAGUCAAGGACAAGAACAUGUCCGCCGAUGAAGUCGCCUAUGGUUUCAUCAAAAUUGCCAAUGAGACCAUGACAAGACCCAUUCGCAGUCUGACUGAAGCAAGAGGUCAUGAUACUUCGAAGCAUAGACUCGCAACAUUUGGUGGUGCCGGCGGCCAGCACGCAGUCGCCAUCGCUGAAGCUCUAGGAAUCAGUCAAAUUCUCGUCCACAGAUACUCCUCGGUUCUCUCAGCUUACGGCAUGGCACUUGCUGAUGUCGUCGACGAACGGCAAGAGCCUGACUCCAAGGUCUAUUCUGACGACGGUGAUACUCGCAAGUACUUCCAGAACAAGAUGGAGGAGCUCAAGAAAAAGUCAAAGGUCACUUUGAAGGACCAAGGCUUCGAAGAAGACCAUGUACAUUUCGAAGAGUACCUCAACAUGAGGUAUCGAGGAACCGAAUCAGCAUUGAUGAUCAUCAAGCCGAGCAAGGAAGAUGCUGAGAAGAAAUUCGACGGCGACGACUGGGCUUUCGGCAAAGCCUUCGUCGAGCAGCAUGAGCAAGAGUUUGGCUUCACUUUGCCCGACAGAGAUAUCAUCGUCGACGACGUCAGAGCUCGCGGUAUUGGCAAGACUUUCGAAGGCCUAGAAAAGACCGUCGACCAACAGCUGCAAGAAGUCAAGCCAAAAGAUGUUGAGAAAGACGAGAAGGUCUACGGAAAAUCGCAGGUGUACUUCGAGGGUGGCCGACAGGAGACUUCUAUCUACAAGCUCGAGGAUCUUGAACUUGGCGACCGUAUCCAAGGACCUGCAAUCAUUGCUGACGGCACUCAGACUAUUGUCGUCACGCCGGGCGCUUCUGCUCUGAUCAUCGACACACACGUUGUCAUCAAUAUUGGCGAGAGCGAUGGUUCUGAGAAGAAGCUCGACACCGAGACCGUUGAUCCCAUCAUGCUCAGUAUCUUUGCUCAUCGUUUCAUGGCUAUUGCAGAGCAGAUGGGUCGUGCGCUACAGAAGACUAGUGUCAGCACCAACGUCAAGGAGCGACUGGAUUAUUCUUGUGCUCUCUUCGACUCGACAGGUGGUCUUGUCGCCAACGCUCCUCAUCUUCCUGUGCAUCUGGGCUCCAUGUCUACGUGUGUUCAGAAGCAGGCAAAGAUUUGGGAGGGCAAGCUCAAACGAGGUGACGUUCUGGUUUCGAACCAUCCCAUGUACGGUGGCACACAUUUGCCUGACAUCACGGUCAUCACGCCAGCAUUCAGUGGCGAUAAAAUCGUGUUCUAUGUCGCUUCCCGUGCCCAUCACGCAGAUAUCGGAGGUAUCCUUCCUGGAUCCAUGCCCCCUCACUCUCGAGAACUCUUCCAGGAAGGAGCAUCAAUCAAGACAGAGAAGCUGGUCUCGGAGGGCAGGUUUAACGAGAAGCGAAUCACCGAGCUUCUCCUCGAUGAACCAGCACAGUAUCCCGGAUGCAGUGGUACGCGUUGCCUGGCUGACAAUAUCUCCGACUUGAAGGCUCAAGUCGCUGCUAACCAGAAGGGCAUCAACUUGAUCAACACACUCAUCGACGACUACACCGAGAAUGUCGUGCAGUUCUAUAUGACAAGCAUUCAGCAAAAUGCCGAAAACAGUGUUCGUGCGUUACUCAAGGACGUCAGCAAGCGCUUCGAGGGUCAAGACUUGUCAGCUGUUGAUUACAUGGAUGAUGGCAGUCCUAUCAAGUUGAAUGUCCAGAUUGAUGCAGAAAAGGGCGAGGCCGUAUUUGACUUCACAGGCACAGGGCCAGAGGUCUACGGAAAUACGAACGCACCCGAAGCCGUGACGUACAGCGCCAUCAUCUACUGUCUCCGCUGUCUCAUCAGCGAAGACAUACCCCUCAACCAAGGAUGUCUGACCCCCAUCCACGUCAAGAUCCCCAAGAAAUCAUUCUUGUCACCUUCAGCCACUGCAGCCGUGGUGGGCGGAAACGUGUUGACUAGUCAGAGAGUCACAGAUGUAGUCUUGAAGGCAUUCCAAGCUUGCGCUGCUUCUCAAGGCGAUUGCAACAACCUGACCUUUGGCUUCGGCGGCAACGCAGAUGGCAAAGAACACGUCAAAGGCUUUGGUUACUACGAAACCAUUGCUGGAGGAUCAGGCGCUGGACCCACUUGGGAUGGCACCAACGGCGUGCAUACACACAUGACAAACACACGCAUCACAGACAGUGAAGUCUUUGAGCGACGAUACCCAGUCAUUCUACGCGAGUUCAGCUUACGCGCCGGCUCAGGAGGUAAAGGCCAACACAACGGCGGCGACGGCGUUGUCCGUGACAUCGAGUUCAGAAUCCCUGUCCAAGUCUCCAUCCUCAGCGAACGUCGUGUGUACCACCCUUACGGUCUUGCUGGUGGUAAAGACGCGGAAUGCGGUAAGAAUCUGUGGGUGCGCAAUGUAGUCAAGGCACCUGAACAAAAGGAUUCAGUGGAGGAGGAGCAGGAGGUCAGGUAUAUCAACCUCGGAGGCAAGAAUACCGCGGCAUUCCAGCCUGGCGAGAGGAUUAUUAUCAAUACGCCGGGUGGCGGUGGUUGGGGACCUGUUGGUCAGGAGAGCAAGGCAAAAACUUUGUGGAGCGAUCCAAAGAGUCAUUGGAAGGGUGGAAGUGUUGCUUCUAGGCAGGCUGAGGGCGAAGCUAGUGCUUAG